CACCCGGCCUAUUCGCCAGAUAUAGCACCAAGUGAUUAUCACUUGUUCCGGUCGAUGCAAAACGCAUUGUCUGAGGUACCCCUUGGAGAUGGAGUUUUCUGCUUCAAAGCAGCAUAUAACAAAUUAAUAAAUGUGGAAGAGAGCCACGCUGACUGGGCAUAUGCUCUUCUCAAAGGAGUCUUUGGUGAGAAAGCGCACCUUAUAAGGGUGCGACUCAACAGCAAACACACUGGGAACGAGAAGUUCCUUUCGAACUUCCUUAUGAUAGUCAAGUUCCUGCACCGCGAUUGGCUAGUAAAACAGAAGAUUCGGAAUGAGAGUGGGCAGUUGCAUUCAAAAUACUCAGCCACAGAAGUGGAGAAGUAUGUAAAUACACUCCCCGCUUACCUUGCGGAUCGGGCUUAUGAUAUGCAGGGCCCUCGAGGUGCCAACACGAGGAAAAAAGGGGAAGACCUCAAUGCCCCUGAGCGCAUGCAAAGUGGACCCACGGAGCCAAAGCGCAAAUAUACGAGAAGAGGUUAGCCACUGCUUGAAAUACAGCAACUUCAGCAACAUUUACCACAUCCGCAACUCAGUACUCAACAGCCACUCCCACCUCAGCAAUCACCACCGCAACAACAGCUACCACACAACUAUAUCAGGAACCGCCACCCCAGCAACAACCAACACAACUCUCAUUACAGCAACAUUAACCAUUUAAUUAUUUGUUCGAUUUCAUUCCAUCACCAACAUCAGAAGCAGUGGAAAAUAUUAACACUGCUGUAGCUACAUUCACUAUUCUUUUAAGGCAUUCAAGACCCUUUUCUCUGUUAAAUUUAAUUAUUAUUAUUGUAAUUUAGUUAUUUUAAGUCAAUGUAUAAUGAUAUAUAUUGCAUAAAUUUUUGUCUUUCAGCAUUAUUAGUGUAAUUUGGUUGUUUGAACCAACGUGUA